CCCACCUACGACCGUCCGCAGUUUAAGCAGCAAACGAUUGACGAUGACAGGACCCUAGACGAGGGACGUACAUCUAUGUUGGCACAAGCAGGUGAAGUUUCUUUUCCCAUCAUCCAUCCGACUAAGUGGCAGCCCCAAGGCCCUGGUGGUGCAAAUAGGCCUGAUUUCGGCUUAGGUACUCGGUUAAAGGAAGGCCUCUUUAGACUGCGAGAACUGAGACCAAAAUUCACCUCGGUCCUGGAUUGUUUAUAUUACAUUUUUGAAGAACCAUUCCAAUAUGUGCAAAUCGCCUUUAAGCGUAUGGAUAUCGAGGGCAACAAUCGCAUCUACGAAACAGACUGCAUCAAGGUGCUACGUGAGUUUGGCCUUAAUGUCGAUAGCGCAGAACUAACUCGUCUUCUGAAGCCUAUACUAUCAUACAAGGAGUCCUCCACUCGAGGCGGUUGGAGUGCUGGUCUCAAUCGAACUCACGGAGUAGUAGCUGCCGAUAAUACGGUUGAGGUGAUUCGGCCUGGCCUUGUACCCUAUCUGCGGCUUCUGAAGCGCUAUCAGUAUAGGGGGUACAACACUGAUGCUGGUCGACUGAUAGCCGAGAUCCGGUAA